CACAACAGGCGAUUUUAAACACGUCCCGGUCAGCCCGUAUUGAUGACGCCCAACUUUUUUACGCUUCCUGGUAUAAAACAAAAGAGGGAUAACAUGUCGCCGGGAUGAACAGAGAAGGAGACCGAUGCGUAAAGAGUGCGCCCCGGAGCCAGAAGCCAUCCUCUAGGUUGUCUCAACAGGGAACCGUCCAGAGGAGGAAAAAGGAGUCCACGUCGAAAGACAGCCAAAGCAGCGGUCAGCCAAGAGGAACAUCGGAAGGUAACCGUGGCUCCGGUAAAGACGGGAAACCAACGGGAAAACGUCCGGGGGGCAGCGCCGUGACAGUAUGCCAGAGGAAACUCUCCGACGCCAGCAACACGUCCGAGGACCUGAGCAAAGACUCCGGCUGCUUGUCGGGGAAACCCUCCUCCUCCGACAGCAGCUCGGAAAUAUCCGAUUGUACGUGGGAGGGCAACAAGCGCGACUCUCCCAUCAGCGACAAUGAAUUAAGAUGGACUGACGGGAGAGUUGACAAGAGGCCGGUGAGUGGGGGCAAAGACGACGCCAAAGAGGGCAUACAAGCAGCGGGGAACGCUUGCUCGCGCCCCCUGGAUGCUGCUGCUGGAGGGGCCCUCACCUUGUUGAACUCCUCGGUGGCAUUUAUGGAUCUCAUGAUGGCAGAGACCACCGAUGACCUGGUCAGGGAAGUGGAAGAUUUGAGGUCGGAGAAUGAGUAUUUGAGGGAUGAGGUGGAGGAGCUGCGCUGCGAGAUGUUGGAGAUGCGUGACAUGUUCCAGGAGGAGGAGACACGCCAGCUGCAGGAUCUGCGGCAUCAGCUGGAGCAGGCCAACAAAACCUGCCGCAUCCUUCAGUACCGUCUCCGCAAGGCUGAGCGACGCAGCAUCAGAGUGGCCCAGACAGGGCAGGUGGACGGGGAGCUGGUCAGAAACCUUGAACAUGACAUCAAGGUUGCAAAGAGCGUCUCCCUGCGACUGUACAAUGAGCUGGAGGUAGUGCAGAAGAAGAACGGCCAGUUGGACUGGGAGAAUGAGAUGCUUCGAGAGAAGACUCAGGAGCUGGAGGUGGUCAAGCACGUCUUGCAGGCCGAGUUGGAGAAAGCCAGAGAGAGCUUUUUAAAGAGGCGAAGCACCAGAUCAACAGCCAGUAAAACCGAGCGGAGGCUCUCUCAACAGAUUGAGGUCCUGCCUUCAAUGCAGGAUGACAGCGAUCUCAAGUGCCAACUCCACUUUGCCAAAGAAGAAUUGGCUCUCAUGUGCAAGAAGCUCACCAAGUUAGUGUCAGAGAGCGAGGUCAUGCACGAGCAGCUGGCCAGGUACCAUUCAGCUUACGGCGAUGUCGACGCCUCCCAGUCGCCCGAGGGCAAACUAAAGUCCGCCUACGCCCGGGAGGCGGAGGUCAAAGUUCAUUUGAAACUGGUAGAAGAGGAAGCCAUGCUCCUGAGCCGCCGCAUCGUUGAGCUGGAGAUGGAGAACCGUGGGCUGCGAGCGGAAAUGAACGACUUGAGGGAGAGAGAUGGCGCAGGGGGAGCCGAGGAGGAGGAGAAUCGGAAUGUUUUGGACGGACAUCUGUCACCUUCCACCUUGAGGAAGAACAGAAAUGAAAGAGGUCAGAUUUUGAAAACGACAAGUGCUGUGCGUGAUGAACGGGCAACAGUGGAGACUGAAGGGCAGCUUCCUUCUUGCCACAUCACAAGAGAAGGUCCCGUAGGGGGCGAGUGGAACCCAUUAGACAGCGUUGGCAACAAGUCACCUGACAGCAGCUCCAAAGGAAUGACUGUGACAGAUUAUACAACUCUUGCGGCUCUCCGAGAUCAUUCCUGCAUUUUGUGUUCGGCCAUCCAGCUCAUUAAAACUACACCCAAAAACGGCCAUUGCUCAUCCCCCUCCAGUGCGCUUAUGCCACCAACAGAUGGUAAAACAGAGUCCUUAUUCUCCUCAGGGCCUUUGAAUGAGGCACUGGUGGUUCUGCAGGCCAUGCUGCAGGCUUUUAUCAUGAGGAUGGAAGUUCUUCUAAGUGGCAAAAAUCCCCCUCACCAGGAAGGUCACGCUUGGGGUUCCUACUUGUUCUCCGCUCUCAAUGGAGAAUAUGUGGAUCAGGACACUAUCAGUCAAGGUUUCAUUGAGUCAGGAACACAGCAGGAAUGCGUUCAAGUUGAUGUGGAUGAAGGAGCAAAACAAACCGCACAAAGGCUGUCAUCCAAAUGGGACCUGAGAAUGCAACUUUCCAUGCAGAUUCUGUGGAUCCUGCAUCAGUGGUGUCAAGAAUCCAUACUGGAAGGAAAAGAGGCUAAGGACAAACGCAUGACGAAGUUGCAAGAUUUGUUGCAGCGCGUCGGUGCUGAGCUCAAGGGGGAAACACUUGACGGCCAGACCAUUGGUGUCCAGAACAAGGCAGCUGAGUGUGCUGUCAGUGGUGUCGUCACAGAUGAAGUACACUCUGACGCCGACAGAAUAUGCAGCUCCAUUAGGAUGAAACUUAAGCAGCAGCUUUCUCCACAUGCCUACAGGCGGAAGAACUGGUGUUAUCUAAACCAGCAGGCUUCCCUAGAGGACCAGGAACAGCGCGUUAAGACGUGGGACCAUCUAAUCAUGCCGCUUAGCUUCCCUGAUCUUGACUUUGAGCAGAUGUCCGUGGAGAGAAGCCACACUGCACCAGAGAAGUCCGCUCUGCGCAUUUACUACAGCCCCCCGUCCAAGCGCAGAGUCCAGCUGGCUCAGUUGAAGCUAAGCCCCGAAAGUGACAGAGAAUCUAUGGAAACGCAGUCUCCCUGGUGCACGCCGCCGACCUCCUUUUCAACACUUUGUGUCGGCUCUUCGGCCAACCUCAGCGACGAUAUGAAGGAGAUGGCGGCUAGCUGGAGGCAGGGGGGUCACAGCGGCUCGCAGGUCAGCAGAACAAGAUUAGUGGGCCGGGGGGUGGAUGUGACCUGCUCUGGUACGCAGACUCACAUGAGGCCGCUGAUGGUGAGUGUUGGCCUGCAGACGGAAGGACACCAAGGCCCUGUAACUGUGAGAAACAGCCCCUCUCGGGUUGUCAACUCCUCUCUGAUCUCCUCCCACUCUCGCUGUGUCUCCACCUCAUUAGAGAGACUAAAAAGUAGAACCGAGCAAUCCAGACUCUCUGCCUCUUCCCCUAAACUGUAUCGAAGUCAAUCUGCGUCUGGUGCAUCCUCUAGUUUGAGCUCCUCAUUUGCAGCCAACACUCGGCGUCGAACAGUGUGGAAUCACCAAAGCCACUCUGGCUCAACGAGUCACAGAUCUGCUGCAGGACAGAACCUCAACCCUCUUCAUAGUGAGCAUCCUGGUCAGAAUAUCAAGCCCCCCAACAAAUCAGCAGGGGGUUUGGUCACUGAGUUUCUACGGCGAGUUAGCGGGCGGACAGAAAGACCGGUCCCGGGGUCGGCCCAGAAGAUGAACAGCGGGCUAGAGCGCGUUCCCGUGAGGGCUUCGUCGUCCUUGUUGCCGAGGAGCGACAGUGUGACCAGGAUCGUCAACCACAGAUUCAUGAGGCAGAGAGAGGAGGUCGGUCGAGCCCCAAAUGAGGAGAAACGGAGAAGCAGAAGUAAUGGUGCCGCGUAUAGUCUGAGAUCUCCCGUGGCAGAGGAUGGAAGUUACGAUUGCAGCUCCAGCAGCACCCUGACCUUCUGCUUUGCUCGUCCAUUUCGUUCUACUCCGAGACAAACGUCCACCCAGAACAAAGUCACGAGAUGCCAGACUGCAGAGUCCGACUGUGAAUGAAGGACAAUCACAGAGAGGACAGGAUGGUGAUGAUGUGGUAAAAUUGAUGUUUCUGCGGACCUUAAAAAAAAAACACACACGAGUUGAUCAAAUGGUAUUUCAAAUGGCUCAAAACGUUUUGGACAGUGGUGUCCUGUAAAGUCUCUUACAAUGCUGGAUAUGUAUUCAUAUUUACACUAAGUGUA